AUGGAGGGGCCGGGCUGCGGCGAGCCGCUGCCCCCCGACCUGAAGGAGCUGGAGAGCAAGGUGGGGCGGCGGGCCCCCGAGGGGUUGGUGCGCUGGCUCCGGGAGGACCCGGCCGCCGCGCUUCUCCGGGAGAGCCCGGCCCGGGGACAGCGCCGGGGACUGGCCGGGAAGAUCAAGGCACUGAAGCUGGAACUGGCCUACCUGCGAGCCAUUGACGUCAAGAUCCUGCAGCAGCUGGUGGUGGUGAAUGAGGGCAUCGAGGCCGUGAAGUGGCUCCUGGAGGAGAAGGGGACCCUGACCAGCCACUGCAGCAGCUUGGCCAGCAGCCAGUACAGCUUGGUGGAGAGCCAGGAGACCUCGCGCCGGGGCAGCUGGACCAGCCUGCAGGACCCCAGUGAGAAGCUGGACAGCAUCUCCGUCGGCAGCUACCUGGACACGCUGGCUGACGAGAUGGACGAGUACUGCCAUGGUGCCAUGGAGCCCGUCCUGUCCUCCACGCCGGGCAGACCGGGCAUCCCACCGGCCAGGCUGGAGCAGGACUGGGCCAGGAGCGACCCAGACAGGAGUCUGCCCAGUAAGCCAGGCAGCCUGCAGGACAAAUGCAAAGCGGACCAGGAGUGGCUCCGGAUGGACCAUUCCUCGGCCCGGCCUGCCCAGGAGCACAGCACCAGGGAUCCAGCCAGAGCAGCGAAGCAGCCCGCUGGCCCUCAGCAGCCCCAGGUGGCCAACGGCUUCUUGGGCAGACAGGCUCCUGCUUUGGAAGCCAGUAAAGAGGCCCCGGGGGAGAGGCUGAGCAAGGGCAGCCCGGCCUGGAGGAACGGCCAAGUAGACUUUGAGCCCUGCAAGCUCAACGGCAAACUCCACCUGGAGUACGACGCCCACUGGCGCUGGGUGCAGUCGCAGGACGACGUGACGUUCUUGUAG